AUGGAGGCUGACUUACCGACCAAUCCUUUUCAACGCAACAGCUCCGACAAACCGAUCGCGGACUCGAUUCGAACAACCGUCAAAAUGGGCUUGGUCAACGCUAAGAACAAUGUGCCUCAGCACCAGCGCUUCUACCAGCAAGCCUACAAAGCUCACACUCGCCUCUGGAUGAUCAACAGCCGGAGCCGCUGGUACAUGACUCCCUAUCUCCUUGUCCUCUGGGGUACCUUUGGAGCUACUUUGUACGCAGCCGGUCGCAAGGUCACCGGCCAUAACACCUGGUUUGGCAAGGAUUAA